UGGGUGGGGAAAAGCAGGGAGAGUCGUGACGUCACAGACGGCCUGACUGUGACAGCCGACGUUGCAGUAAUGGAGGAAGUGAGAGUGUUUCCUCUGACCUGCGCUGUGCAAAACUAUGCAUGGGGGAAAAUUGGACUGGACAGCGAAGUAGCCAAGCUGGUGGUUGGUGGCGACCCACUGGCUGUCAUAGAGGAUGGCAAACCUUACGCUGAGUUGUGGAUGGGUGCCCACCCAAAAGGAGAUGCCCAGAUAAAAGACAACAGGAUCGCACAGACUACACUGGGCCAGUGGAUCACCCACUUCCCUGCCUGCCUGGGCUCCAAGGUUAAAGACACCUUUCAGGGUCAGCUGCCGUUUCUCUUUAAAGUCCUGUCUGUCAACACAGCUCUGUCCAUACAGGCCCAUCCCAACAGGGAGUUAGCUGCUCGUCUUAAUGCUCAGUUUCCGGAGCACUAUCCCGACAACAACCACAAGCCAGAGAUGGCCAUUGCCCUCACCCGCUUCCAUGGUCUGUGUGGUUUCAGACCAGUGGAGGAGAUCCUGGGAUUCCUUAAAUGUGUCCCUGAGUUCCAUGCUCUUGUGGGCAAUGAGGCAGCAGAGGAACUGCGAUGCAGCAUGGGAGAUGCUCUUCGCACAAGUCAGGCGCUGAAAAAGUGUUUCACCAGGAUGAUGAACUGUGAGAAGAAGGUGUUUGUGGACCAGCUCAACAUGCUGGUGAAGAGAGUUACUGAGGAAGGUGCAGCGGGAAAGGACACGUCGAGCAGCAUCGGUGACCUGCUGCUCCGUCUCCACUCUCAGUAUCCUGGCGACAUUGGCUGCUUUUCUAUCUACUUCCUGAAUCUUAUGGUCUUGGAUCCUGGUCAAGCCAUGUUCCUGGGAGCCAAUGAGCCUCAUGCCUAUCUCUAUGGAGACUGUAUCGAGUGUAUGGCUUGCUCAGACAACACAGUAAGAGCUGGCCUUACACCAAAAUAUAUAGACGUCAACACUCUUUGUGAAAUGCUUAACUACAGCCCUGCGCCCACCACCUCUAAAAUCUUCCCAUGUGUUCAAGAUGCCUCAGAUCCAUGUGUAACACUUUAUGACCCCCCAGUUCCGGACUUUACUGUUAUGAGGAUACAGGUCCCGCCCUCUGUGAAGAUGUACACCUUGGCUCCAGUCGACAGCGCCAGCAUCCUCCUGGUCAUCGAAGGUGAGGCCAUAGCCACAGCCGUCGCUGCUCUCUCUGAUGUCACUCUGCGGCGGGGCACGGUGUUGUUUGUGUCAGCCAAUGAGAGCGUCUCCCUGCACAUAACCUCACAGUCAGGGAUGAACAUGUUUCGUGCCUGCUGCCUCCUGUAGUUGUCAGUGUGUGGCUGUAUGUUAAACUUGUGCUACCUUUUUCCCUGACCUGGUCCAACUCGGCGAGGUGAAGACUGAGCCCUGAGACUGAUGUGCACUCUUUUAUUAGGUAUCAUAAUAAAGGAGCACAGUGGUGAUGCCUGUAUGUGCCUGCUGCUCCAAUCGUUGUUCUGUGUGGACUGGUGUCUCAACCCCUGUUUAAGCCAGCAGCAGUGUCCUUUAUUUUAAAAAACCAGCAGCUCUGACACACUUCUGGUUUUUCCGUAAAUUGUUCAAGUACAGCUUUAAAUCCCCGACAUGUCCACACAACCAAAAUGUAUUCUUAGGUGCUCAUAAAGGCAGGGUGAGGAAUAUAUACAGCAUUCAGGAACGUGAAAUACUUUAAACACAGUUCCUGGUUUGGUACUACAACAAUGCAAUAAUGGUGCUGUCAAACUGCAUGACAUUACAGAGAUAUUGGUACUUAUCUGAUAAACAGUAAGACUGUAUAGUGAAACAAACACUGUCCUAUAAAGUUUUGACACUCAAGCCCAGUUCAAUAGAAAAAUAAAUCUAAAAAUUUUAUCUUAUAAAUUUAACUUUCAGUUUAAGUACUAGGUCUGGUCAUAAUAAGAAUGUUUCCUUAAGCUGAAGUCAAGAAAGCCUUUACUGCCACCUGUUGACAUCACAGGCUUUUGGCAUCUCAAAAGCAUUACCCACUACAUUAAUAGUGUGUAGUGAGUUUGAGGUUUUACUUUAGAGCUCCAGAAAUAAUUUUUAUUAGUCCUGACUAUCCAGUGAUUAUAUAAUUACACUGACAGUUGUAAAUGUUAUUCUACCCCUUCUGUAAGGAAAACACCUGACAUUCCUAUUUCUAAAAACAGGGUUGGAGAUAUGUUUACAAUUGUGCUGUACACCUUUACUCACCAUGCAUGUCUGUUGAGGGGAAAACAGUUUUCCAUCACAAUCAAUGAUGUAACUACACCUUUUGAACUUAGCUUGAUAAAUUUAAUAUUAAACUUUAUGGGUUUACAAAACUAAACCUACAGUUUGACAAUACAUUAAGUAAUACUACUGAAAUGCCUGUGCACGUCUGAUUUUAACUGUGAAGUUACCACAGUCCUUUGGUCACAAGAUGGUGGCGCUGCUGCUGGGAAUAACUGCUUUCCUAUUUUUACUACUGCAUGUCUGGGAAUUCAUUGAGAGCAGAAAGUUCUGCAAAAGGAACUGUUGUUUGACUAGUUUGAAAGAAGCAUGUCUACAAUGGGAGAAGAGUGCAAAUUCUAAAAAAAAAAAAAAAAAAAAAAU